AUGUCAUUCUCUAACCUUGUCUCUGAUAUUGCUUUCCGCGACUCCAAUGCAGAUGAUCGCGGCUCCCAAGUUUCGCACGCCCAGUCACGCGCUGCUCGAUCAUACACAAGCACUACGGCCACAAGUGUCAGCAUCUCUGGGGAUAUUUCCAGUCAGCUUCACGCUGGAUACAGCCAUCCAUUGAGUCGGUCAUGGCAAGCAGAGCGUCAACUGACCAAGGAAAUGCUCAUAUAUCCGCUUUUCGUGACCGACAAUCCAGAUGAAGAGACUCCAAUCCCAUCUCUGCCAAACCAAUACCGCCGAGGUGUCAAUCGACUAAUCCCGUUCCUGGCACCUCUCGUUCGCAAGGGGCUGCGAUCGGUUAUGCUUUUCGGUGUUCCUCUGCAUCCCUCUGCUAAGGAUGCGCUCGGUACUUCGGCAGACGACCCCGCUGGACCUGUCAUUCAAGCUAUUCGACUUCUUCGAUCUCGGCUACCUCAACUGUAUAUCACCACAGAUGUCUGCCUCUGUGAAUACACAUCGCAUGGCCACUGUGGUAUUCUUCGAGAGGAUGGGACCUUGGACAACGCGCAAUCUGUUGAUCGGAUCGCAGAUGUGGCCCUGGCCUAUGCCGUUGCCGGUGCUCAUUGUGUUGCACCGUCCGACAUGAAUGAUGGUAGAGUUCGGGGCAUUAAGCUUAAGUUGAUAGAGGCAGGCCUGGCACAUCGCGUGCUUCUCAUGUCGUACAGUGCCAAGUUCAGCGGUUGCUUGUAUGGCCCAUUCCGUGAUGCUGCUGGGUCUUGCCCCUCGUUCGGAGACCGCCGUUGCUACCAGCUUCCCCCAGGAGGUCGUGGCCUUGCUCGGCGUGCGAUCCAGCGAGACAUCAAAGAGGGUGCUGAUAUCAUCAUGGUCAAGCCCGCUAGCAGUUAUCUAGACAUCAUUCGAGAUGCAAAGGACCUCGCUAAGGAUCUUCCCGUGGCUGCUUACCAAGUGAGCGGUGAGUUUGCGAUGAUCCACGCCGGUGCAAAAGCCGGUGUCUUUGAUCUGAAAGCAAUGGCAUUUGAAAGCACCGAGGGCAUUCUUCGAGCAGGCGCUGGCAUUGUGGUUAGUUAUUUCGCUCCCGAGUUCCUGGACUGGCUGUGA